CACCAAGAGCAUUCCGAAAGUGCCGGAGCAGCCAGUGGUCGUGGCACGUGAGCACCCUGCUAGUCACGUGCUUUUCCAACUCCCACUGACUCUCAGACGAGUAUUGGAAAAUUCGGAGAGAAAACUCUUGCCACAUCGAGUCCGGUGAUCAGUGCGAGGAGAGCGAUUAAGAGAAUCGGGGACCGCUUUUUUCGACGUCGAAAAACACCUGUUAUUUUUUGGGUGAUCGGAACUGGUUAUUUUUUUUGGUAACAGAGACACGAAAAAAAAUGGAAGUUUGUUCUCGGAGAGGCAGAUUGGUGCUUCUGACUGGUGUUAUCUUGUGGAGUAUCGGCUGUGUUCAGGCGGCAUUUAUGAAUUAUGACCGAAAACUGAGCGUGAAAAUGCAGUCUACGCUGUCUCCCGAUCCUCCUUCUGACGUCGGGAUCCUGUUGAAGGAGCUGACCCCUCGUCGAAGACUACGUGAGGAGCAUGUCUUGCUCACUAUUGAUUUCCCGGGAACCCAGCACGAGUUCACCCUUGUUCUGGAGAGAAUAAGGGGCAGAGUUACCAUUGCGACAAAGGAAUGGGGUCGAGUACGUCUUCAACACCUACCCGUGAAAGGACUGAGUGAAAGAAGUUAUCACAAGGGUUUGUUCUUACAUGUGACGCCCAGUACUCCGGAUGGUAUGUCCCGAAUGCAGAUAUACCUGGACUGUAAAUGGCAAGGAUACUUCAUGAUGCCGCUAUCACUAUAUCAAAUGGCGAAGGAGGCAGCUGGAAACAAACUACGAGCGGAGCGUGAUCGAAAAGUGAAAGUACAAGUGAUUAAAAACUCAAGCCUGCAAAGAGCUCUCGAAGAAGCCAAUUGUCCGCCUGCAGAUGCUCAGGCCAUUCAACCAACUGCCGAAUUCUAUGGAAUCAAUGGAGAAACUGAUCAUCUGUUACGUUCUUUGGCUGAAUUAACAUCUGUACUAAAAGAAAUGCGAAGAUAUAUGGAUAUGCAGACACGAGAGACUAAACUCUUGCGAGAUACUCUGGAGAGAUGUGACAUGUGCCGCGCUCAUAAGCACUGUAAAGACAACCCAUGCUUUCCCGGAGUCCAAUGUGCGGACACAUCUGACGGUUUCCGCUGUGGUGCUUGCCCAAGAGGGUACGCUGGAGACGGCAUUACCUGCAAACAGGUCAUCACUUGCAAUGACAGGCCAUGUUUCGAAGGAGUACGAUGCUAUGAUGUAGAGAAUGGCUACCGCUGUGGACCUUGCCCACCCGGUUAUACAGGAAAUGGAGUGACCUGCAAACCAGCCAACCGUUGUGCAGAGAAUCCAUGCUUUUCUGGUGUGCAAUGUGUCAACAUCGAUACACCCCCAGGAUAUAUCUGCGGUCCCUGCCCACCAGGUUUCUCAGGAAACGGAACUUAUUGCGAAGAUAUUGAUGAGUGUGAACUAGCGAGACCUUGCCAUCCACAUACCUCGUGCCUGAACAUAGCUCCAGGGUUUCGAUGUGGACAGUGCCCACCAGGCUAUACAGGCAGAGACGUCCAAGGCGUAGGAUUGGAAUAUGCACGGUCCGUCAGACAGCUUUGUCUUGAUAUUAAUGAAUGCGACAAUGGACAAAAUGGAGGAUGUGUAGAAAAUUCCCAAUGCAUUAACGUUAUGGGCUCUUUCAAGUGUGGUGAAUGCAUUGAAGGAUUUGUAGGGAAUCAAACACACGGUUGUCAUCCUCACCCGGGUAUGUGCCCCGAUGGAACUAUCUGCGACGGAAAUGCCGAGUGUGAACUCCGAAGAGGACUCAGCAAGUAUCAAUGCCGAUGCCGUGUUGGAUGGGCUGGAGAUGGCAAAACUUGUGGCCCAGAUCGGGAUUUGGAUGGUUGGCCUGAUGUAGAUCUAUCCUGCUCAAGUCCUAGAUGCAAAGCUGAUAACUGCCCGAACAUCCCGAAUAGUGGUCAAGAAGACGCGGAUCGAGAUGGAAUCGGCGAUGCCUGCGAUGAAGAUGCGGAUAACGAUGGAAUCAUCAACAAUCCGGACAACUGCCCGCUCGUUCCGAAUCCUAAUCAGGAAGAUAAUGAUGUCGAUGGACCUGACAGGCUGGGGGAUGUGUGUGACAACUGCCCGACGAUCCCGAAUUCAGACCAGCUAGAUUCGGACGGGGACGGAGUGGGGGAUGCCUGCGACGAUGAUGCUGAUGAUGACGGUAUUCCGACUGCCGUUGACAACUGCCCACAUAUUGCCAAUGGAGAUCAACAGGAUUCUGAUGACGAUGGGGUUGGAGAUGCUUGUGACAAUUGUCCAUCCGUCGCCAAUCCAACACAGCUUGAUUCUGAUAAGGAUAAUAUUGGGGACGAUUGUGAUAGUAAUAUUGACAGAGACCAAGAUGGAAUUCAAGACAAUGUAGAUAAUUGCCCGGAUAUUCCCAACAGCGACCAAUUAGAUACAGAUGAUGACAGAAAAGGCGAUGUUUGCGAUUUUGACAAAGAUAACGAUGGGGUGCCAGAUAACAAGGACAACUGUCCAUUGGUAUUUAAUCCGGAUCAACAGGACACUAACAGGACCGGGGUCGGCGACAUCUGCCGGGAUGAUUUCGACGGAGACAACGUGCCGGACCAUCUGGAUGUUUGUCCUGACAACAGGAAGGUGUACGCAACGGAUUUCAGAGCUUACCAGACGAUCGUUCUGGAUCCGGAAGGCGAUUCGCAGAUUGAUCCUCAUUGGGUUAUUUACAACAAGGGAGCUGAAAUCGUACAAACGAUGAAUAGCGAUCCUGGACUUGCUGUUGGUUUCCACGCUUUUGGUGGAGUAGACUUCGAAGGCACAUUUUUUGUGGAUACUGAAAUCGAUGAUGAUUACGUAGGAUUCAUUUUCAGUUAUCAAGACAAUGCUAAUUUCUAUGUCGUCAUGUGGAAGAAAAGCACCCAGACUUAUUGGCAAGCAACUCCUUUCCGUGCUGUUGCAGAACCUGGAAUUCAGCUGAAGCUGGUCACUUCUUCCACAGGCCCUGGACAAAUGCUUCGAAAUUCGCUAUGGCACACGGGCGACACUGAUAAGCAGGUUAAGUUGUUAUGGAAAGAUCCUAGAAAUGUUGGUUGGAAAGAAAAGGUUGCUUAUAGAUGGUUACUUUUGCACAGACCACAAAUUGGAUUAAUCAGACUGCGAAUAUUUGAAGGUGAGAAUAUGGUGGCUGACUCGGGAAAUAUAUUUGAUAACAGACUGAAAGGUGGACGACUGGGUGUAUUCUGUUUUUCACAAGAAUCAAUCAUUUGGUCUGAUUUAGUCUACAGAUGUAAUGAGGCUGUUCCUGCUGCUGUAUAUUAUGAUUUACCGAAGCUUUUACAAGGAGAAGUGGACAUUGAUACCACAAGACCAUCUGACAUUGUUCAAGUAGGUAGACGUACAGCUGCACUCACAGCUUUUACAGAGAAGAACAAGAAAAAGUACAGAAGUGUGAGACAUGGGAGGUAAACUCCAAAUAAUUGAAAAAAAAAAAUCCCGUUUAAGCAAGAUCGGUGUUGUAUAAAGAAAGAUAUCACUUUUGUUCAUGGGCAGCUUAAAAAUUUUGAGGGGAAAAAAAGAAAAGGAAAGUGCUGAAUUUCAUUAAUUUUCAAAUGACCUGCAAGACAAGGUAGUAAUACAAAAUGCUGGAAUCCAUAAAGUGAAGAAAAAUAUGCUAAAAUCUAUAAUACUAUUUGAAUUAUAUUUUACUGUUCUUCAGUAUUUACAUAUGUUCUUUGUAAUUAAUAAAAGAAUUAGAAAAUAUUAAAUUCAUGAGGGAGAAAAAUACAACAUUUAUAAGCAUUACUAUCUUAUGUCUUGCAAGUUUAAAUAAUAAUGCUUGAAAUUCUAUUCUUGCUUCAGUUAAGUAAAAUUUGAGAUAUUAACAUAAUAUUAAAUAUGCCAUAUCAUGUGAAUUUUUCAUGACCAAAAAAUAACAUAUCCCUUCCUUAAAAUCUGUGAAAGACCCAUGUUUUUUCAUAUUUAAGUGUGUCUGUGUAUAUUAUAAUGCAAGUUCUCAAUGCAUUGAUGCUUUUCAUUAUAUCAUAUAGAAAUACUCUCAUGCAACAUGCUAGUCAUUACUUCUGAAUAUUAUACAUUUUUUUUAUUUAAAAUGUGUGAAUUAAAAAAAAAAAGUUUGUUUUACAUACA